AUGCCUUCACUACCAAAUGAGUUCAUCCCUUAUACUGAUAAUACCAUGAACCAAAAUGAUUUUGUUCCCAUCCAGAUUAACCGAAAUGAGACCCGAACGGUUCGAUCAACGUUUGUUACUUCUGGAAACACAAACCAUGCCAAUUUGUUUUCUCCAUCUCCACCUUUUACUUCUUCUUACCAUGCUUCACAAGUCUAUUCAUCUACCAUAACAUUUAACAGUUCACGCAUGGCUUAUCAGCGGAGAAAUAACAUGAUUUCUGCUGUGAGAAUGCCUCAAAUUUCAGGAUUUGUUAACCCUCAAUUUUCUCCAGUUUUGGCCACUCCAACCAUCCCAAACAUGUAUCAUCAUGCUACUGUCCCGACCAAUAAUAUGGUCAGUAGCCAAAAUGGUCAUGGCCGUGGCAACCGUGUCAUAACUUCUGGUCAAACCAUUAGGAAUCACUCUCCAAAUGUUUUUGGUAACGCCACUCCAACUAUCUCAAACCUGAAUGAUGAUGUUAUGGUUCCGACCAAUAAUAUGGUCACUAGCCAAAAUGGUCAUGAACGUGUCAUAACUUCUGAUCCAACCAUUAACCCUCCAAAUGUUUUUAAUAACCAACGGGAAACCUUUUACCCUGAACCUAUCGAUUACACCAAAGUCGACACAAGUGACGAAGGUGGUGAAAACAAGUAUCAAACCCAUGGCAUACCAAAUGAAAAUUACGGUUCAUAUAUGUGUCCCAAGUGUCACAGUCGGUUUGAUAUUUCACCAAUAAUAUCAGCUGCACGCAUGGGGUUAGUUCAUUCUAGCAAUGAGACUAAAGAGGAAAACGAGAAAGGACCUUGUGAAAGAACUAAAAAAAGGUAUCGUGAACAAAGUCAUCCAGAAGUCAAUGGUAAAGCUCGGAAGAUCGAAUCGGAGGACAAAGUUCCAGAAGAGAGCUGUGGCUCUAAAACUAAUUAA